AUGCUAUACAGAGGGGUGAGGAGAAGCCCGUGGGGGAAAUACGCGGCGGAGAUAAGGGACCCCACCAAGAAGGACGCCAGGUUGUGGCUCGGCACCUACAACGUUCCCAAGGGAGCCGCACUGGCUUACGAUCGAGCCGCUUACCGGAUCCGUGAUGGUGGUGGGGAGUGUUGCUGCGGUGAUCAGAUUCCGCGGCGGCGUUGA